AACCUUUUCCCUCCUCCCUCCUUCCCGUACCCCGUACCCCGUCAGCUCCAGAGGUGCCUUCGUAGUUUAGCAACGCAUCGGCCAGGCCAGGCCAGCGGGCAGAUGCCCCAAGCUGCUGCAGCCGCCGUCGCCGCCGACUCCGUCGGUGGCGGUGUAGGAGGCAGGCGUCCGGCCCCGGGCCACUGAGUGUGACGGACGGGGCCGGGGGCCGCCGGGCGCCGCGGCUUCUGCGGCUCCGCGCGGACCAUGUAUUUCCUGAGCGGCUGGCCCAAGAGGCUGCUCUGCCCUCUGGGGAGCACGGCCGAGACGCCUUUCCACGUCCAGUCCGAUCCCCAGAGGACUUUCUUCGCAGUGCUGGCCUCGGCCCGCCUCAGCAUCUGGUACUGCCGACCUAGUGUGUUAAUUGUAACCUACAAAGAACCUGCAAAGUCAUCUUCUCAGUUUGGAUCCUACAAGCAAGCUGAAUGGAGACCAGACAGUGCAAUGAUAGCUGUGUCAACGGCAAAUGGCUACAUCUUGUUUUUUCAUAUUACGCCUGCAAGAGGGGACAAGUAUCUUUAUGAACCAGUGUAUCCCAAAGGGAGUCCACAAAUGAAGGGGACACCCCAUUUUAAGGAAGAACAGUGUGCUCCAGCACUGAAUUUAGAGAUGAAGAAAAUACUGGAUUUGCAAGCACCCAUUAUGAGUUUGCAGUCUGUGCUGGAAGAUCUCCUGGUUGCUACUUCUGAUGGACUUCUUCAUCUUAUUCACUGGGAAGGAAUGACAAAUGGAAGGAAAGCUAUUAAUCUUUGCACAGUACCCUUUUCAGUAGACCUGCAGUCAUCUAGAGCAGGUUCAUUCUUGGGCUUUGCAGAUGUGCACAUCAGAGACAUGGAAUACUGUGCCACACUUGAUGGGUUUGCUGUGGUGUUUAAUGAUGGUAGAGUUGGAUUUAUUACACCGGUGUCCAGUAGAUUUACUGCAGAGCAGCUUCAUGGAGUUUGGCCACAAGAUGUUGUUGAUGGGACUUGUGUAGCAGUAAAUAACAAGUAUCGACUAAUGGCAUUUGGUUGUGCAAGUGGUUCUGUACAGGUUUAUACAAUAGAUAACACCACUGGAGCUAUGCUGCUGUCUCAUAAACUAGAGUUAACAGCAAAACAAUAUCCUGAUAUUUGGAACAAAACAGGAGCUGUUAAAUUGGUCAGAUGGUCUCCUGACAACAGUGUUGUAACAGUGACCUGGGAGUGUGGAGGACUUUCUCUGUGGAGCGUGUUUGGAGCUCAGCUCAUUUGCACACUUGGAGGAGAUUUUGCUUAUAGGUCUGAUGGUACCAAAAAGGACCCCCUUAAGAUCACCUCUAUGAGCUGGGGUGCAGAAGGCUAUCACCUGUGGGUAAUCAGUGGAUUUGGUUCUCAAAAUACUGAAAUUGACUCUGAGUCCAAAAGUAUAGUUAAACAGCCUGGCAUUCUGCUAUUUCAGUUUAUCAAGAGCUCACUCACCGUAAACCCUUGUAUGAGUAACCAAGAGCAAGUGUUGCUUCAGGGGGAGGAUCGGUUGUACUUAAACUGUGGAGAGGCCUCACAAACCCAGAAUCCCAGGAGUUCUUCAGCACACUCUAAACCCAGUCGGGAAAAGAGCUCAUUCGCGGAGGGUGGUUUCGAGUCUCAGAGUUUAAGCACUUUACUUGGACAUCGGCAUUGGCAUGUGGUGCAAAUAUCCAGCACCUAUCUAGAGAGCAAUUGGCCAAUACGGUUUUCAGCUAUUGAUAAGCUUGGACAGAAUAUUGCUGUGGUUGGCAAGUUUGGCUUUGCACAUUACUCUUUACUCACCAAAAAAUGGAAACUUUUUGGAAACAUUACCCAGGAGCAAACUAUGAUUGUGACAGGUGGCUUAGCCUGGUGGAAUGAUUUUAUUGUCCUUGCAUGCUAUAACAUAAGUGACCAUCAAGAAGAGCUGAGAGUUUACUUGAGAACAUCUAAUCUGGACAAUGCCUUUGCUCAUGUCACCAAAGCACAAGUGGAGACAUUACUGCUUAGUGUCUUCCGGGACAUGGUCAUCGUGUUUAGAGCAGACUGUUCAAUAUGCCUUUACAGUAUUGAAAGAAAAUCUGAUGGUCCAAAUAUUACUGCUGGUAUUCAGGUUCUUCAGGAAGUCUCCAUGUCACGCUACAUCUCUCACCCUUUCCUGGUCGUAUCUGUCACUCUGACAUCAGUGAGCACAGAGAAUGGAAUCACCCUGAAGAUGCCACAGCAGGCCCGUGAUGCAGAGAGCAUUAUGCUGAACCUCGCAGGACAGCUCAUCAUGAUGCAGAGGGACAGAUCGGGCCCUCAGAUCCGGGAGAAGGACAGCAACCCUAAUCAAAGGAAACUUCUGCCAUUCUGUCCUCCCGUUGUACUAGCCCAGUCUGUUGAAAAUGUGUGGACUACCUGUCGAGCAAAUAAACAAAAGCGUCAUCUUCUGGAGGCCCUCUGGCUGAGCUGUGGAGGUGCAGGGAUGAAAGUCUGGCUCCCUCUCUUCCCUAGGGAUCACCGCAAGCCCCAUUCCUUCUUGUCCCAGCGGAUCAUGCUGCCUUUCCACAUCAAUAUUUACCCCCUGGCUGUGUUGUUUGAAGACGCAUUAGUCCUUGGUGCUGUCAAUGACACUUUACUCUAUGAUUCUUUGUAUACUCAGAACAGUGCAAGGGAACAGCUGGAGGUGCUCUUCCCUUUCUGUGUUGUGGAGAGAACCUCUCAGAUCUACCUCCACCACAUUCUGCGUCAGCUGCUAGUCAGGAAUCUCGGGGAGCAAGCCUUGCUCUUAGCCCAGUCCUGCUCUGCGUUACCUUACUUCCCUCACGUGCUGGAGCUCAUGCUCCAUGAAGUGCUGGAAGAAGAAGCUACCUCACGGGAGCCCAUUCCCGACCCUCUGCUUCCCACUGUGGCAAAAUUUAUCACCGAGUUCCCGCUCUUCCUGCAGACAGUUGUUCAUUGUGCCAGGAAGACUGAAUAUGCCCUGUGGAAUUACCUUUUUGCAGCCGUUGGAAACCCCAAGGACUUGUUUGAGGAAUGUUUGAUGGCUCAGGAUUUGGACACAGCUGCCUCUUACCUUAUUAUCUUACAGAAUAUGGAAGUCCCAGCAGUAAGUAGGCAGCAUGCCACCCUUCUGUUCAACACAGCCCUGGAACAAGGCAAGUGGGAUUUAUGUCGACACAUGAUUCGAUUUCUUAAAGCUAUUGGCUCUGGAGAAUCUGAGACACCUCCAUCCACGCCUACAGCUCAGGACCAACCCAGUUCAAGCGGUGGAUUUGAGUUCUUCAGGAAUAGAAGCAUCAGUUUAUCCCAGUCAGCUGAAAAUGUACCUGCUAAUAAAUUCAGCUUACAGAAAACACUAAGUAUGCCAUCUGGUCCUUCUGGAAAAAGAUGGAGUAAAGACAGCGACUGUGCAGAGAACAUGUAUAUUGACAUGAUGCUCUGGAGACAUGCUCGGCGUCUCUUAGAAGAAGUUCGGCUCAAGGACCUUGGUUGCUUUGCAGCUCAGCUGGGCUUUGAGCUAAUUAGUUGGCUCUGCAAGGAGCGUGCCCGAGCUGCUCGGGUAGACAACUUUGUGGUAGCCCUGAAGAGACUCCACAAAGAUUUCCUGUGGCCCCUUCCCAUCAUCCCGGCCUCUUCCAUCAGUUCUCCUUCCAAAAAUGGAAAAUUCCGAACAGUGGGAGACCAGCUAUUAAAGUCUCAAUCGGCGGACCCUUUUUCAAACCUUGAGAUGGAUGCUGGCAUCUCUAAUGUCCAGCGAAGUCAGAGCUGGCUCAGCAACAUUGGCCCUACCCAUCAUGAGAUAGACACAGCCUCAUCCCAUGGACCACAAAUGCAAGACGCUUUCCUAUCACCUUUAUCUAACAAAGGUGAUGAGUGCAGUAUUGGUUCAGCCACAGACUUGACUGAAAGUAGCUCCAUGGUGGAUGGGGACUGGACGAUGGUGGAUGAAAAUUUCUCCACGCUCAGUUUAACUCAGUCAGAGCUAGAGCACAUCUCCAUGGAGUUGGCGAGUAAAGGGCCUCACAAGUCCCAGGUCCAGCUUCGGUAUUUGCUACACAUCUUCAUGGAGGCAGGAUGUCUGGACUGGUGUAUUGUCAUAGGUUUGAUUCUUAGAGAAUCCUCAACAAUCAACCAGAUUUUGGUUAUUAUACAGACCACAGAGGUGGAUGGAGAGAUGUUACAGAACAUAAAGACCGGGCUGCACGCGGUGGACCGAUGGGCCUCUACAGACUGUCCUGGAUAUAAGCCAUUUUUGAACAUCAUUAAGCCACAACUGCAGAAGCUCAGUGAGAUAACAGAAGAGCAGGUCCAGCCUGAAGCCUUCCAGCCAAUAACUGUGAGUAAGACUCCUGAACAGACCAGCCCCCGGGCAGAGGAGAGCAGGGCCUGCUCAGGCCAUGGAAGCCUCCCCCAGGGCGAGGUCGGAGGCAGCGGCCUGGUCAGCAGGAAAGAGGAGGACACAACCCGAGCAGAGGAGGAAGAACCUUUUCAGGAUGGGACUUACGACUGUUCUGUGUCCUAACGACUGUGGGGUGUCGUUGCCACGGGCAGUGUUAAUUCGCAGCAGCGUGUGUGCAACUGAGGACAUUGUGACCUAGUUGCCUUAACCAGGGAGAGCUCACUCAGCUCAGACACUCUGAUAAGGUAUUAAAUUUUAACUAACUCUCCUCUAAGAAAUCUCUUUGACUCCAUAAAAAUGUGAUAUCAGAAUAACUCAUCUUUCAUAAAAAUAUUUUUUAAGCUUCAGUAGAAAGUAAUAAAGAAUACUGUACAGAUGUACAUGAGGAUAUUUUGGUUUUAUUCUUAAAGGUUGGUAGCUCUUAAACCAUAGGGAUUGUUUUGCCCCAGAUGAGCUUACUUUUUCACUUACGUAUAGCUUCUUACAUGUUUUCUGGUCCAGUGUGUGUCCAGACUGCUUUUUAAACAUAAAUGCUGAGGUGCUUGCUGUAGUUCAUCAGGUACCUGAGCUACCUGUAGCGCCCCCCUUGGAUUGAGAGCCACACUGGGCUCUAACUGGGGCUCCUGAAUGGAAGCUGCCCUGGCUCAGCACACCCCAGUGUGACGGAGAUGAGCCCCUGGCUCUUCCUGCCUGUCGAGUCCCAGCCCUGAACUGACGGGUGCCUUUCCCUGGUUUCCUGUGAGCCAGCGCGUGCACUUGGUUCCUGCCCGGUCAGUGUGGGUGGGGGGCUGCAGGGUUCUUAUCAAUUAUGCUGUUAGAUACCACUACUCUUUUAUAUCAAAGAAAUUUAUCUUUUUUGUGAAUACUCUUCUGUAAAUAUACUUAAAGGCAUUGUUCAUAUUUUUAGGGCUUGUAUUAUAAUUUAUAAGGUUUUAUGCUGGAUUCUGCAUGGCUAUAUAUAUUCUUGGAAUAAAGACAGGGCUUAUUAUUCUUUCCAAAUUCAAGCAGUCCUCAGAGAGGAAGACAGGUAUAUUGGCUUGGUCAUAAAGCAACAACAAUGGUCACACUGAUCAUGAAACGAAACAGGUUUUGUGCAAAUUAAUGUAGUUUCUUAUUUAUUUGCUUUUGUAAAUUGAAUAAAAAUGGAGUUUUAUGUAAAUAGACUGCUGAAUCCUGUAUCAUUACGGCUAACUAAAAAUUAGUAUGUAUAGAAUGCAUUCUUCAUUGUAAUUCUUAAAAUAUUUUAUGUAUUUCUGAUGAUUUAAAUUUCAGUUUUCAUACAUUAUGAAAACUGCAUUCUCCUUAAUUGCUUCACAUAUCCACCGUGUGUACUUCUAAUUAACCGUAUAACAGUGUUAAUUUAGACAGCUCCGUACUGUGCAGUUUGAACAAAGGAAUGCAAUGUUAUUUUAUACAAAAACUUAUUUUUAUAAUAAUGAUUUGAUGUGGACCAACUUCAUACCACUAUGUAAAACAGCCUCUCUUCUCAUAGUGCAGUUACAAUGUAGAACUAAAACUUGGUCCUCUAUCCUUGUUUUUUAAAGUAAAUGGCUAGAUUUAGUUGUCCUAGUGAGGUUUCCUUUGAAGGGAAACUGAAAACCAUUUUUAAAUUGCUUAGUUCAAAAUUCAUCAAACUGUUUUAAAUUAUUGGGUUUGGUAAUUAACUAUCAUUUACUUUUUACAUUAUAAGUGCAAUAAUUUCACAUAUUGAAAUUCCUGAAUGGGUGUAAUAUGUGAGUACUGGUACCUGGUCGUUCUGGUGCUACUUUUAUUUAAGCCUUUGUUUUAAACCACCUUUCCCUGAAUCUUAAGAUACAAAAUGUUUCCCAUGUGAGUACAUGCAGCUCAGCAAGAAACUAACCUGAAAUUCCUUCUCCUGCCCUCUCCACUAGAAGAAGAACUAGCAUUACUUUUGUGCUUGGUGUGAAUAUUCAGUCAAUAAAAAUGAUUUACCAUUGUAAACAGCUGUGAUCUUUUCAAAUAUCCUAUCUGCUGCUGGGUUCAUCUUGCAUUCUUCAAAGCAUGGGAUCACUAAGGCAGCUGUGUUUCUGUGGUUCAUGCCAAAGUCUUCUAGAAGAUACUAUUAGUUUUCAACUAACAGGAAUGAGUGGGCCCCAAGGCAAAAAAAAAAGUUCACAGAAAUUUCCUCUAAUAAUUUGUAAUAUACUUUAAUUUUUAAAAACUCAUGUUUAUUUUGCCUUGUUUGGUUCACAUAUCAACUGUAUAAGCCAUAAUUUUAACCAGUGAACUUAAAUAUUCAGUAUAUUCAAGGUUUAAAUUAUUUGCGAAUGUCAAAACAAGAAGUCAUUUGAGGGCAAGUCGACCUCUGUUUGUAAUUAAAAUUGCUGUUGCUUCUGUAAUGUGUAUUUUUUUUAACUUGGUAAAGGGCAAUAAAACUAUUACAUGAAGUUUUGUUAUUCACCAUCUCAGGUUAUAAUAAAAGCCACAGAAAUACUCUUCUGAUUAUAUAAUUCUACCUCUUAGAGAUUUAUUAUUUAUAUACAGAAUUACUUAGAAUAGGAGCAUCAAGAGUUGGUGGCAUCCUAGAUGCCUGGCAAUAGAAGAUUAGAACAGACAGUCCACGUUGAUGACAUGGAGAAUGUUUAAAAUAUAAUGAAAACGUGAUACAAAAUCAUGCAUACAUAUGAUUUCCACCAAACAAAACUUUACAUAUAAAAAUGUAGAGACCAGGCAUCAUCUCUAAUAGGUAGGAUUAAAAAUUAUUUUAACUCUUUCCUAUAUCUAAACCUGCUGUGUCUAUGGAUUUGCCUAUUCUGGACAUUUCAUAUAAAUGGAAUCAUACAUGUGGCUUUUUUCUGUCUGCUUCUUUCACUUAGCAUGAUGUUCAUCUCUGUAUAUCAGUAUUUCAUUCCUUUUUAAGGCUGGAUAAUAUCCCAUUUGAUGAAUAUACUAUACUUGUUUAUCCACUAUUUAAGGGAUUGGAUGGUUUCUACUUUUUCACUACCAUAUGUAUAAGUAGUUUUUGUGUGACAUGGUUUCAGUUCUGUCUGGGAGUGGAAAUGCUGAAUCGUGGUAACUAGUUAAUUUUUUGAGGAACUGCCUAACUGUAUCCCGCAAUGCCUGUACCAUUUUUUAAAAUUCCCACUAGCAGUGGAGGAGGGUUCCAAUUUCUACCAUCAGCACUUGUAUUUUUGGUUACAGCCAUCUGCGUUAAUGUAUGAAGUGGUGUUUCAUUAUAGAUUUGCAUUUCCUUUAUAACUGCCUUCUCAUGAUUAUUAGCCAUUUGUGUAUCUUUGGAUAAAAAUACAUCCUUCACCCAUUUCA